GUCCAGGACGCGGGGUCUACGCGGCCCUGAGGUGGCGAAGGCGGCUUUAGUGGCAGCAUGAAGCGCACCCCGACUGCCGAGGAACGAGAGCGUGAAGCUAAGAAACUGAGGCUUCUUGAAGAGCUUGAAGAUACUUGGCUUCCUUACCUGACCCCCAAAGACGAUGAGUUCUAUCAGCAGUGGCAGCUGAAAUAUCCUAAACUAAUUCUCCGAGAAGCCGGCAGUGUAUCCGAGGAUCUCCAUAAAGAGGUUCAAGAAGCCUUUCUCACGCUGCACAAGCAUGGCUGCUUAUUUCGGGACCUGGUUAGGAUCCAAGGCAAAGAUUUGCUCACUCCGGUGUCUCGCAUCCUCAUUGGUAAUCCAGGCUACACCUACAAGUACCUGAACACCAGACUCUUUACGGUACCCUGGCCAGUGAAAGGUUCUAAUAUAAAAUACGGUGAGGCUGAAAUAGCUGCUGCUUGUCAGACCUUCCUCAAGCUCAACGACUACCUGCAGAUAGAAACCAUCCAGGCUUUGGAAGAGCUCGCUUCCAAAGAGAAGGCUAACGAGGAUGCCGUGCCAGUGUGUAUGUCUGGAGAUUUCCCCAGGGUUGGCAUGGGGUCAUCCUAUGAUGGACAAGAUGAAGUGGACAUUAAGAGCAGAGCAGCAUACAAUGUGACUUUGCUGAAUUUCAUGGAUCCUCAGAAAAUGCCAUACCUGAAAGAGGAGCCUUAUUUUGGCAUGGGGAAAAUGGCAGUGAGCUGGCAUCACGAUGAAAAUCUGGUGGAAAGGUCAGCGGUGGCAGUGUACAGUUAUAGCUGUGAAGGCCCUGAAGAGGAGAGUGACGAUGACUCUAAUCUCGAAGGCAGAGAUCCUGAUACUUGGCAUGUUGGUUUCAAGAUCUCUUGGGACAUAGAGACACCUGGUUUGGCAAUACCCCUUCACCAAGGAGACUGCUAUUUUAUGCUUGAUGAUCUCAAUGCCACCCACCAACACUGUGUUUUGGCUGGUUCACAACCUCGGUUUAGUUCCACCCACCGAGUGGCAGAGUGCUCAACGGGAACCUUGGAUUAUAUCUUACAACGCUGCCAGUUGGCUCUGCAGAAUGUCCGUGACGAUGUGGACAACAGUGACGUCUCUUUGAAAUCCUUCGAGCCUGCAGUUUUGAAACAAGGAGAAGAAAUUCACAAUGAGGUCGAGUUUGAGUGGCUGAGACAGUUUUGGUUUCAAGGCAAUCGAUACAAAAAGUGCACUGAUUGGUGGUGUCAACCCAUGACUCAACUGGAGGAACUAUGGAAGAAGAUGGAAGGCGUGACAAAUGCUGUGCUUCAUGAAGUUAAAAGAGAGGGGCUCCCCGUGGAACAAAGGAAUGAAAUCCUGACUGCCAUCCUCGCCUCGCUCACCACACGCCAGAACCUGAGGAGGGAAUGGCAUGCCAGGUGCCAGUGUCGAAUUGCCCGAACUCUGCCCGUGGACCAGAAGCCAGAGUGUCGGCCAUAUUGGGAAAAGGAGGAUCCUUCGAUGCCUCUGCCGUUCGAUCUCACAGACAUCGUUUCAGAACUCAGAGGAGAAACUAAAAGUGAAAUAACUCAUGGAAGAGGAGCCUCUUUCCCUUCUCUACGAGGAGCCUGAGUCACAGUGUGAGUUAGGAGUCCCUACACUCUGCACACAGGAAUAAGGCAGUGUUAACAAUUCAGAUAAAGUUGGUAUCCUGUCUUGAGGGGGAAUCCCAGAUCUAAUGAAAGAGACGCAGCCCCCUUUACGUCGCUCCAUGGAUUUAACCAGCAUAGUACAGUAUUUUCUAUAAGUCCCCAUUGACCUGUAGUGACAGCUGGAAUUGAGGCUUGGAGAACCCAGUGCCCCACCCUGGUGACACUGGGGCAUCAGAGAGACAAUGGAGAUUAGAAGGUAAAAUCUGGGCUCUGGUUUUAGGGCGCCUGGAUGAAGACUCCCACUGGCUUUCGUGACCUUUGGCACGUUGUUGUUCCUUAGUUUCCUCAUCUGCAUAAUGAGGAUCCGCUAAAGGCACCAACUCCCAAGGUGAAGUUUAAGUGAGAUAAUCUAGUACAGACCUAGAACCAUUUCUGGCACGUAGUCAAAUACCCGGUAAAUAUCAGUGUCAUCAUAUAUCAGUAAGCUGACCUGGGUGUAGGUGUUUUCUUCUCCUUUACUCAGUCCCUGUGCCAGUUUCGUCUCGUGAUGCCAUUAACGCGUCUCCCCCUUUCCGGCCUGGCUCCUGCCCCCUGGUGUCCCCAGAAAUCGUGAGAAUAGUUAGCCCCUCUCCGCUGUUGCCUCCUCCUGUAGUUGUUCACAGUAGUUGAGGAGCUGAAGAGCCUUUGCCCACUGGGAGGUGCACCGAGAGCAAGCUCUUUCCUGCCGUCAGAGUCUCAGUGGGUCAAGGCCUGUGCCCGUCACUGUGGAGGUAACAGCCACAGAGAAGUCGUGUUCCACAAGGCAGCCAGGGUCCCUUCAUGUUGAGACUCGAGUCUCUCAGACCUUGGAUUAAGUCCCUGAUGUCUUUGCACCUCGAUUUCCUCACCAGGAACAGAGAGGUGAAGCCCUGCCUCAUAGGGCUGGUACGGAGAUGAAAUGAAAGAACAGAGGUGAGGGGUGAGGGGUGCGUGGCGCAUGGAUGUCACAGGUUGGGCACCCUCAGGCUAUCCAGCCCAGUGUGUCAUUUAACCCCCAGGAUGUUUGUUCUUUGUCGUAUUUCAUUAGGUGCCAGUAUGGAAAAAUUGGGAGAUUUCACAUAAAAUACAAAUGUCUGCAUUCUCUUUAGAAUCCAGAACACCCAGUAGCCCUAGGCCCCCGUGCUAGCAUGGCGACGCGCCGAGUAGUGUCCUCCCGCUCCGAGGUGGGGCGCGGACCCUCCGCGGUUUGCCCUGGGCCCUGCCGCUCCCCGGUGUCACCUGCCGUAGACCCCACCUGCUUUGCCCCUGCGUGUCCUCGCUCUCCAAACCCGCUUGCUUGCUCCCCUGUAGUAGAAAUAAAUCAUGUUUAGUGCUCACCUCAGUAUUUGUGUAUUACUCUUGAACUCUGUUCACGGACUGCUUGUACUAACGUCGUGUGCAUCGUAAAGUAUUCAUCUACAAUAAAAAUAUUAAAAGGAUGAGAUAAGACACCAA